GUGGGCGGGGGGGGGGCUGCUGUGCCGUUGUUGCUCUGGGAAUCGAUGACGAUCGUCGAUGAUGAUCGUCGAUGUUCGAUCGCCCCGUUGAUAGUGUUCGUCGUGAUUUUUUUGUAUAACUUUAGAGAGUGCGUGGGGCUGCCAUCUUCCACUCCGGACCUGCUGUGAAGAGGUGACGACGACGAUGAUGAUGAUGACGACAAUGACGAUAUAAACGUGCAUCGCCUUUGCCAAUCCACUGCUGGGUGAUUGCUAUUUUUCAUGAAGCGUGUCUGUUGUAAUCUGUAAUUUGGAGAAAGUUUGAUGGUGUCUCCCGGCCCCUUCAAAAAUAGAUUCUUAGCUCAGUGAUCCUUUACUCGGGACGAACUCUUCUGGUUCUGGCGACGCCCCCAGAAGUUGGGGGCGUCGCAGUUGGCUCUGCUGCACGUGGCCUCUAAUCCAGCGCUGUACCCUGACUCGCCACGAGAAGGCGGCAGAGCAAAACACGUGGACUUCCACCUGUUCUGUCCGUAUGGCACUGAGCGUUCCGUCUGUAUGGGAUAGAGUGUUUCCCCCUCGCACGCGUGUAUUUUCCCCGGGCGCUGCGGUUUCCUCCCACAUGUCGUUAGCGCUCAUUAAUAGGCCGAUAACACCUUCACAUAGCGAGGACGGCAGAGCUUGGGGAAUUGUUGGCGCCGGCUCACCGCGUGGCCGCCCUCCUGCUUGUCUCCGAGUCGUCCUGAUUCGUUGUCCCGCUCUACAAAAGUGAGCGAAUCGCGGCGCGUCCCAAGUUGCAAUGACCAUACUUCACCACGCUGGUCGGCCGGGUCUCUUGGCCACACGACCUCUUGGUGGCGCACCGUGGCCGCUCGCUUCGCCCCCCCGACGGUCCCUUUAGGGCCAUUCCGUGUUGGGGUGAUCUUUGUCUUCGGUCUUUAGGGCCACACGAGCAGGCGGCGGCGGCGGCCUGCAUCCAGCGCUGGUGGAGGUCUCACAACGGGCGGCUACUCUUCCUCCGGCUCCGAGACGCCCUCCACCUCGCGGAGAAGUGCCUGACCUACGACCUCCUGAGGAGAGUGAGCCCAAAAGAGGCGGAGCUCCUGAGAGAUCCCAGCAUGCAGUGCCGCGUGCGUCUUCGGCUGGCGGGCGACCAAUUUCCACCCCGAGUCGUCUUCAAGAUCUUCAGCCGGCCCGGCGCGACGAGCAGCACUUACAUGAGCGGCCGCCGCCUGAUCCAGCCGGCCAGCCAGGCAGCCAAGGACGCGCAUCACAUGAUGGGCACCCGCAGCUUCUGCAAGCAGAUCACGCUCGAUGCUCAACUUCACGAGAGGGCAAGAGUGACGGGCGAGGUGGACGUCACCACUGGCAAGGACUACAUGCAGUACGCGAGCUACCUGGAUGAGACGGAAGCUCGUCUGGGAGGACGGGGCAACAGGUGGCGGACGCUGAGCCUGGCCGAGCUGCCCCGCGGCGACAGGGGGCGGCAGGUCGCGGCCGCCGCUCCCUCGCCACCGCUCGCCCCCGUCGUCGGGGAUCGUCGCUCCCACCGGGACGCCCGGCCGGGCGGCCGGUUGUCCUCGGGUCCUCCGGAGGUCGCUCGACACCCGACGCAAGAUGCCUCCUUCUCCUCGUCGUCGUCAAGGCGACGCUGGCGGUCCAGGCAGGCUCUGCUCCGUCUGGACCGCUUGCGCCGCGACUACGGCCUCGCGCCUCCUCCCUCUGCACGAGGCGACGAAGAAGGUGACGCCGGGAUGGGCGAUCGUGACCGGGAAGCCUCCGUCCUCCCCGGCGUGAGGUCGGUGUUCGGCACAGUUUGGCAGAACAGAACGUUCCCCAAUCCCUCCCCUCCACUGCUCCUCCACCCUCGAUUGUUGAGAAUCGGUUGGAGCGACGAGCCUCCUGGCCGCGCGGACGCAACGGCGGACGAGCGUCGCCCGCGUGCGACCGCGGCGGAGUGCGGCCGGUGGGCCGAGGAGGCGUGGGAGGAGGAGGCGGAGCUCCUGUUUGCCUGGGCCCGAGAUCUCUCCCUCGAAAGCCUCGACUUCUACGCCGACCAGGAGCUCGGCUGAGCCGUCGCUGACGACGGCGACGACAACAAAAAACCCGUGGAAGCGUGGGCACACGCACGCGCGCGCGGCGUCCUUCUGCCAACAACGCACAGCGAGAUUUGCACGUCUUCUUGGUUCUUUCGGUGAAGUCACGUAGAAGGGAAAUAAUAAAAUAAUAAAAAUGUAACAUGAUUAAAAAAUAUAUUUUAAAAAUAAAAUAAUAAUUAUUUUUUAUUGUUUUAUUUUUUAAAUUUUAUUAUUUUUCUUCUACGUGACUUUACCGAAAGAACCAAGAAGAUGAAACCCUGCAGUCACGAAAGCUUUAAAUCGAGAUUUGCACGGUUUGUUGUUAUCGAUUCAGUGAAUUUGGGGCUAAACGGAGCUCCGUUUUGCACGAUGAGACCUGGUGUGCUACGUGUCUUGCGGGAGGCAAAUGUUUUUUUUGGGAUUGUUAUUACUGUCUUAUACAGCGUUGUGCGAUGCAGUGUUGCAUAAACGCUCUCGAUAAAGCAAUAAUCAUUAUUACGAAGGCCAAAACCGGUCCAGAAUUUUCUUGCGCAUAAGGCUGAUCCGGAAAGAGCCGUCGGAAGAUGGUGGCUACGCACGCCGGUUAUCGAGCACUUGGAGGCGAGGAUUGGUGGAUCGCACAAGCGUUGCGAAGCUCCCUUUCCGUGGGCGAUCGAUGAGGUGCCUUAAACCCCGACUCGUGGAGAAGGUGGUACCGCAAAAAGUUGGCUCACUCGUGUGGGUUUCCUGCCCGUGCUUUGCUUUUCUCCCACAUUUUAAACUGAUUAACUGCCUGGAAACAUCUGAAGUUGUAGGGGACUGCAGAGCUUGGGCAAUUGUUAGCGCCCGCGCAUUGUCCGGCUACUUUCUUAUUAUCAUUAUAAUAUGGACAAAAAUGUGUGUUCAUUUGGAAAAUUUAUUUUUUGCCUGUCCAUUAUAUAUUUCAAACAAACUCGUGUCCGAUUGAUAAGUGAUUUUGGGUGUGGCCACAAAAUGGAUUGGCCAUCAUCCUCCCGGAGGUCGAUAAAGUUGGUACCAUUUUGUGGCGAAGUCAGCGGUGUAUUUUCCUCGGGCUAUGCCCACCGCUGCCAUAGGAAUGGCUCGGCGCUGUAAGCGGUGGAAGAGCGCUGCCAAGGUCGCUCAUUUGAGCAAGAAAUCUCUUGAAAUGUCUCUGUACGGUUAGCAUAACGCGGUUUCACAGCGGUCAAGAACUACUUUCUUGAGCUGCGCGGCUGAGCGGUGCGAUCCGGUACGCGGAGUGAUACAGUAACGCGGCGGCGUACCCUCAGUUAUUUGUUCUGCCAUCUCACUGCGUGUGCAUGGUACUACAUCGUAUCUCGCCAAACUUUAUCGUCACAUUAAUUAUGGGUAAAUAGUUUUAGAUUAACGCAUACGGAAUUUUUUUUAUUUUUUUUUAUUUUACCAGCUAAGCCCCACUGAGCUGUGUAGCUCUGUUUCAGAAGCUACCUGGCCACAAAUGACAGAUCAAAGAAGUGGCUUAUCACGUGGAAAUAUAUAGCAGCCAAAUACUCUAAACGCGUGAUGAUGAUUCUAAAUGUGGAGGGAAAAAACCGGGGGACCCGGAGACAAAUCCACGCGACCACGCUGAGAGAGAGAAACACGAAAACUCCAAAUAUACAGCAGGCGUCAGGGUCUGGAUCGAACCCACGACCUCCUGCACACCGGGCGAGGUAGUUAACAUCGCCGAGCCACCGCAUUACACGAUCAACGACUGUGAGAUUCGUUCUCCGCUACCGUGGCGACCUCAGCUUUAACGGGGCCACCGCGUAGAUUUUCCGGAGCGUGGAGCAAUGCCCCACACCCCAGUCUGGCCACCCAUCACCCUAUCCUUCCCACGCAGUGAACGGCGUCACCGUAAAUUAUUUUAUGAUCAUAAUAAGCCAAGAAUGUGUGUGUGUCCCGCGCGUGACGUCACUCCACAUGAAGCACAUCUCCCGCGUGACAUCACUCCACAAUAACAAUGAGGAGGUGACGUCACUCCACAUGCUGCACCCCUCCACAAUAAUCAUUAGCGGGUGACGUCAUUCCACAUAGGCAACACCCCCCCCCCCCCCCACUAAUUAAUAGCUGAAGAACAGGUCUGUCGAGAAGACAGAGUCUGUCUUCUCGACAGACCUGUUCUUCACCUGAGGACGGCUGCUUGCGUUGUGGCAUAAACGUCGUGAGAAUUAUUUUAUUGUUUAAUUUUUUUUUAUUUCCAUUCUACGUGACUUUAACGAAAGAACCAAGAAGAUGUUUCAAAUCGUUGUAAACUAUUGUCAUUGUAGUGCGUAUUUAAUGUGGCGCUGCACUCUGAUGUCGGAGAAAACAUAAAAAAGUAUAAUUAAGUUGAACGUGUUGUCUAUAUUAAUUUAAAGUUGCGUUUUUGAUGUGACGUCACAUUUCUCCAACCCCCCUUCCCCUCGUCACACAUCGUCACAAAUGUCUGACCCCCCCCCCCCCCCCGGUGCGUGACGUCAUUUAUGGACGGCCCCUAAUGAUAUGGCCAAAUUUGUGUCGGUGCGGUCCUCCAGCAAACUCGCACGGGCCAGGCAAAUGAAAUUGUCACGUGGUGUACAGAGUUAGCAGCAAGACAAGGAGGUUUAGAUUGAAACUGCGGCAAGUGAGGGGGCAACGCUCAAUCCCAGGACAGGAUCCAGGGGAAGAUUGGAGCGAGACGUUAACCGUGUUAUUUUAUCUGUACACACAGAGAUUAUAAUCGUGUAAAAGAAGAUUUCAUCGAGCGGUGAAUUGAACAUGGCCCAUGAUGUACAAUAUUUGUACGGAUUGAAACCGUAAUUUAAGUCAUCAAUGUUUGAUUUUAGUUGUCCUCUUUCGACGGCAAUUCAUCAAGUUUUUUUUUUUAUAACCAACAGCGCGUCUCUAUAUAUACACACGUAUCUAAA